AUGAGAAAUCUGGGUUAAAAGCAUUGUCUCAUUUCCCAAAAAUGAUCUUGUCUGCUCUCCUCUUGCUGAGUUCUGGGCAGUUGCAGUACCUGUCCAAAUAUGCAUGUUCUUGAGACUCAACUUUUUAUGGGUUUCCCAUCUGUCUACAAUUGGCAUUCUCCAUCCACUUGAUUUCCCCUGUGUGGUCAGUUAGGUCAAUUUAUUUUGAAUGAUUAUAGAUAUCUCUAAGGAGGCCCUGCAUCAUGAUAUAUAUAUAAUGAAACAUAUAUAUAUGUAUAUAAUAAGUCCAGAAUUGUUUGUAAGCAAGGACAUCAGAAAACCAUGACCCACUUACUUGGUGAAGGCACAAACUUAGGGAUGGGUACCUCUUCAUUAGCAAGAUCUGAGAGGAGUAUCCUGACAGCAUUAUGAAUACUUUUAGUGUGGUUCCAUCACCCAAGGUCUCAGAUACCACCAGCCAUGGGAGCCAGCAGUACCGUGCCUUAACUGUGCCUGAGCUCUUCCAGCAGGUCUUUGAUGCCAAGAACCUGAUGACAGCAUGUGACCCUCACCAUAGGUGAUAAUUCACUGUUGCUGCUGUUUUUUGUGGACAGAUGUCCAUGAAAGAGGUGGAUGAGCAAGUGCUCAAUGUGCAAAACAAAAACAGCUACUUUGUUGAGUGGAUCCCCAACAAUGUCAAGACUGCCAUCUGUGAUAUCCCACCCCAUGGGCUCAAGAUGGCUGUAACCUUCAUUGGCAAUAGUAUUGCCAUCCAGGAGCUCUUCAAGCGUGUCUCAGAGCAGUUCACUGCUAUGUUCCACCUGAAGGCCUUCCUCUGGUGGUAUACAGGAGAGGGGAUGGACAAGAUAGAGUUCACUGAGGCUGAGAGCAACAUGAAUGAUCUCGUUUCUGAGUAUCAGGAGUACCAGGAUGCCACUGUUGAAGAGAAAGAAGAUUUUGGUGAGGAGGCAGAGGAAGAGGCCUAAAAGAGAUACCCUGCGG